AUUACUGCUUUCUUACCAAUCAAAACUCAGCAGAAAAUUAAAAAUUGGACAUGUUUAGCUAUAAAAGCCUACUAGAACGGGCUUCCUUUUUCACACAAGACAAGAAAAAAAGCAGCUCGGAAAAACAGCAUCCAUCCAACAGAAUAAUGCUGCGGAGUUGGGAGUUUGUUCUGCUUAUCUGUUGCUUUUUGUGUUUUUCCAGUGAUGCCUUCCAAAGAAUUUCACUCAAAAAAAUGCCCUCAAUCCGAGAAACACUGCAAGGGAUGGGCAUGAAAGUGGCAGAUGUUCUUCCUUCUUUGAAGCACCAUAUCUACUACCUUGGUGAAGAGCUUCAUAACAAAACAGCACCUACCAUUCUAACAAACUUCUUGGAUUUGCAGUAUUAUGGUGAAAUAAGUAUUGGAACCCCAGCCCAGAUCUUCAAGGUUGUCUUUGACACAGGGUCAGCUAAUCUUUGGGUACCAUCCCACCAAUGCCCUCCAUUGUUCAGUGCCUGUGUCUCACACAAUCGUUACGAUUCCUCUGAAUCAAGUACAUACAAGCCAAAUGGAACCGAAAUUGUCUUAUCAUAUGCCCAAGGAUAUAUUAAGGGUUUCCUUAGCCAGGACAUUGUCAGAGUUGCUGAUAUUCCUAUCAUCCAACUCUUUGCAGAAGCUAGAACACUACCUAGCUAUCCUUUCAUCUAUGCUCGGUUUGAUGGAGUGCUUGGUAUGGGAUACCCCAGCCAAGCCAUUGAUGGGGUUAUCCCAGUUUUUGAUAAGAUAAUAUCCGAAAAGGUCUUGUCAGAAAAGGUCUUCUCUGUCUACUAUAGCAGACACUCAGAGUUGAACACUGGAGGAGAGAUUAUCCUGGGUGGCAGUGAUCCCUCUUACUACACUGGAGACUUCCACUAUGUCGAUAUUAGCAGAGAAGGCUACUGGCACGUUGAUCUUAAGGGUGUUUCUAUAGAAAAUGAUAUAGUGUUUUGUCAUGAAGGAUGCACAGCAGCUAUAGAUACCGGCACUUCGCUUAUUAGUGGGCCAGCCAGUGCGGUAUCUAUUCUGAUGAAAACCAUAGGAGCUACUUUGGUAGAAGAAGAAAAGUAUGUCGUUGAAUGUAAAAACAUUCAUUUGCUGCCUGACAUUUCCUUCCAUCUUGGUGAUAUGACCUACUCACUCAGCAGUUCUACCUAUGUUCUCAAGCAUUCAACAUAUGGGGACGACCUCUGCGUUGUGGCAUUCUCGGCUUUUGACAUUCCUCCUCCUUUAGGCCCUCUCUGGCUUCUCGGCGCAACUUUUAUUAAACAGUACUACAUUGAAUUUGACCGGCAGAACAAUCAGAUUGGCUUUGCUACCUCGCUCUGAUAGCAGAAAAGUCCCAUUUUGGAACAUGUUCCCUUUUGAGAGAAUAUAGCUUGAUAACAGAUUCUAUUAUACAAUAAACAGUUAGCUGUAGCAUUUUGUAUCCCACAAUUUCUUUCUUAAAAUCAAAUUAAAUGAGACAGAAAACUACAAAAGACCUUCAGUUUAUUUUUCAUUUAAACUUAUCUCUGCUUAGCUUCAUCUGUUGGAUGAAUCAUUUUGCAAUGUCACCAUGCCUUGGAUUAGUAUCAAACCAACUUUCAAAUGUUAGCUAUGUAUGAAGAAGAUGGUUUAGGAUACAGACAACUUGCCUGUGAUGCAGUGGUGGGUUUCAAAAUUUUUUACUACCGGUUCUGUGGGUGUGGCUUGGUGGGAGUGGCAUGGCUUAGUGGGCAUGACAGGGGAAGGAUACUGUAAAAUCUGCAUUCCCUCCCCAAUCCAGGAGAAGGUUACUGCAAAAUCCAUAUUUCCUCCUGAUCAGCUGGGACUUGGGAGGCAGAGAAUAGAUGGGGGCGGGGCCAGUCAGAAUUUUUACUACCGGUUCUCCAAACUACUCAAAAUUUUUGCUGUAGGUUCUCCAGAACUGGUCAGAACCUGCUGAAAUCCACUUCUGCUGUGAUGUCUUCAAUGUCUUAGAAGUGUCAUGCAGGGACUCCAGAGUGCAACUUCAUCCUCCUACUGAGGAGAACUAAAAUCUGUUGGUUCAGCCUAUAUUCUGAUCCCAACAUUAAAUGGACUUUUCCCCCACUUUAUGACCUUUUUCUUCAGAAAGAUAAUAUUACAGGACAAGAAAAAGGUAUUGCAACGCAUUAAAUGUGACAUAAUUGUUACAUGUAUAUAAACUAAUCAAUGACAGAUUUUGCAGCAUGAAGCAGAAAAAUAAAAAGUGGCUUUCACAAUAAUUCUAUAUGAGCGGCACAGUGGUUGGAAUGCAGUACUGCAGGCUACUUCUGCUGACUGCCAGCAGUUCGGCAGUUUGAUCCUCACUGGCUCAAGGUUGACUCAGCCUUCCAUCCUUCCGAGAUCAGUAAAAUGAGGACCCAGAUUGUUGGAGGUAAUAUGCUGACUCUGUAAACUCCUUAGAGAGGGUUGUAAAGCACUGUGAAGUGGUAUAUAAGUCUAAGUGCAAUUGCAAGUGAAAUUAUUCUUCAAGAUACUACAAUUUUUCACUGUUUUUUAUUACAGAUUGAAAAAGCCAUUACUCUGAAAAUUGAAAUGUUUUCUACUAGAUCUAGGCUGGGUCAUUUCUAUAUAAGUAAAAAAGGGCAUACAGAUUUGCAUAAUGUGUGCGUGUGCACUUUCUGUCUCUCAGGAAUGAGCAGCAAUCUGGAUUCAAAGGGGGAAAUGUGAUUCAGUGAACAUAUGAAUACACGCUUAACACUUGAUAGGAAUCUCUUAAAGCAGCUAUGCCUUCUCCUGGGACCAAAAAUGGUCACACAAUCCUGGAACAAGAUGAGUUUAGUUUAAGGUGUUCUCAACAGGUGCUACAUGUGUACCCAUAUGCUCUCAGAAUGACAUUUUACUUUUCAUAUCCAUAUAUAUAUAUGAGAGAGACAGACUUACAUAUACAGUAUUUAUGAACAGUUCCUAACAAUUUCCACUCUCUUUAAUUUUGUGGUUAUCUUUAAUUUGGACUUUGAUACCCUCAAAUGAAAGACUGUCUUCUGUAAACUAUAAUAUGCUGUCACAUGAUGUUCCAACAUGUAUCAGUCCUUUUUAUCUCAAACUUUAUUUUAAUGUUUUUUUUAAUUUAAUAAAGAUUAUCUAUCUAUAAAAAAAGAA